UGCCUCAGUCGUGAGAAUUUAUUUUUUGUGAUUCUUUUAUUUGCCUUGAUUUCUUGCAAUUAACAUUCCCGAUUAAUAGUUUUUUUUCAUGUGCAGGGAAGGAACCCAAGACCCAAGUGGAGGAAUGGAGGAACCUUUUCAAGAAGCAACGUCAAGACUGCACUCCAUCUGUUUCAACUUCUUCUUCUUCGAAGAGAAAAUCUAAUAUACGAGAACGGCGCUGUGCAGGUGUUUGUUUGCUAUGUAUUAAAAACGGCAGCGUAAAUUACUUGUUGGUGGACAUGUUUCCAAGUACGAUAGACCGGCACCAGAGGCGAAACCACCCCAACGAUACCUUUGAGAAAGGAAAGCACAUCAGAUGUAAAGAUCAUGAAGACGUAAAAAAUCUUGAAGCAGAAAUAGAAAAAAUAGUGCAUUUUUCAAAACGUGUUUCUGCUUCUCAGCCUGACUUCAGCGAACGUGCCUCUGCUUCUCAGCCUAACUUCGCCGAACGUGACUCUGCGUCUCAGUCUGACAUCGCCGAACGUGUCUCUGCUUCUGAGUCUGCCUUAACUGAAUGUGCCUCAACUGAAUGUGCCUCUGCUUCUCAGCCUGACUUCGCUGAACAUGCCUCUGCUUCACAGUCAGACUUCAGUGAACAUGUCACUGCUCAACAGAUCCCUGAAGAAUGCGAAUCCUCUCUGCAUUCUCCAGUUGACGUAGUUUCUUCUUUCCAACGAGACUCAGUUCCUUCCUCUUCGGCUGAAAUGAAGUGUUAUCAGAAGUCAAUUGAUGGAUUCGUCAGUAACCAAUCACUUAAUGAAGUACCUCGAAAGAUGAAGCCUGCUUCAUCCACAUGGACACUCGAUCAAAUUGGAGAAGCCGUUUUGGAUGUCAAAAGCACACUAAUGAAAAUUAUACCUACGAGCCAUCAAGGAAGUCCUGCGCUAAAGGAUAGUUCACCUUCAACCGCCGCAUUGUAUAAAUGUAACAAUCUGAAUGAGGUUCUUUCUACUGAAUUGUUCACUAUUGUACAGCAUCAAAAUGAGCGUUUAAUACGAUGUUCAGCAUGCCAUAAGUACGCCACACGUGAUGAGCUUAUUACCAAAUUUUCGACACAGUUCAAACUUCCCUCAAGCGGCUUAUCUGUUGGGGUCUCUCUUGCAGAAGAUAAAAUAGAGGAUUUCCAAAUAGGUCACAGCCAAGCCUGGUACAAUUUCAAAAGUCGCCUUGUGGCCCAUAUUCGGUCAGGGAAAGAUUCAUUCCACUGGAAAGCAACCCAUGAUACUGGGACAACUGGAACUCCGUCGAUGAUUCGUUCUGUUUCUGUAACUGAAACUCUCUGCCGUACAGCUAUCCAUGUUCUGAAAAUGAAAGGUGCCGCGGUUCACUUUGAAACUGAGAUUGCAUUCUUGCAAUCGUGCAAAGUGGAUGUCGGAGACAUUGGCCAUUCAAGGAACAACUUCCCAGAAAUUCUUCGGGCGGCGACGGUGGUGAUUUGUCGAAGGAACCUACAGAUGUUGCUGCGGCCAUUGUUGAGCACAGGCCUACCACCCCAUAUUUAUCUCACGGCUGAUAAAUCGACACUUAAUCGUCAUACAAACCAAGCAAUCUUGCUCGUUGUGAACUUGGAUGGAAAAAGGAUUGCAGUGCCUGUUGGUGCACCUCCUGUGUAUUCUGUUGCUAAUACAAGCGACAGUACUGUUCAGCUUGUGGGUGGUAGUGCAGAAGCUCUUGCUGAUAGCAUUAUUGAUACCAUACUGGAAAAAACGGGGCUUCCUGAGCAUCACUUGACGCAAUUAACAGGUGCAACGUGUGACGGACAAUAUGUUGUCUCGCCGGCAUUUGCUACACGCCUUGCUGAGCGUGUCGGGGUCCCAUCGGAUAAUAUCUUCGCAUUCCCCGUUACGUGGGACGCCGGCCAUUGGAUGAACUUGGUGGUCACGGAUGUGCGCAAUGUUAAACAGCCGUCAUUCAAGAGUUCGUCACAAUUCUUGAACACGUUUAUAAAACGUUGUAAUGUUUUUUCGGACGAGCUCCAACGUGGUAAAGGGUACGCGAUGUUGAGAGCAACUGCUGAAGCCAGCAAGUCUAUUGCGCAUGCUCCCAAAAGUUAUGCGCAACAUAGGUUUACGAGCUCCAACUUCCAGCAGUGGCUGAGCAUCGAAAAGAGCCUUCCUGCCCUAGUGGAAGGGUUCCACGCAAUGAACCCGCGUAGCAAAGACGAUCCCAAUGAAGAGCUCAAGUUUAUGAUCCAGGGGCAGGAUUUUGUAUACGAUCUGCUUUUCCUAUUGGAUUUUCUGGGCCCACUCGUCCAGACGAUGAAUGUUCUUCAGGACUUUGCCGUUCCUAUUUGGAAAGUAGUGAAGUUUACAAGAAGCCUCAUCAAUCACUGGGAAUCCAUCUCCGUGUCGACUUUAAAAGGGCUGCCUCGUCUUUCCAUGCACCAAACGCAAUUGGAAAUGUUCAAGUAUAAUGGUUUGGAACUUCUAACAGGCUACUUGGUUGUGCAUCAAGAGAAAGGAAAGGUCGCUUGGGAGGCUCGUGAGCUUGUGGACUGUCGUGCAGCGGCCGAAAUAUUUAAAAGAGAUUUCGUGACAAGUCUCAAGAAUCGCUCCAAACGAUGCAUUCACGAAGCGAGCACUGCUCUAGAAGAAUGCUUCGAUUUGCAUGGCAUAUUUGCAAAAAUAUGCGGUGAGCGAAGCAAGAAAAAAUCUGCAUAUGACAAAACUGCUCUAGCCUUACAUGGCGUGUCAUCGUUCAACAAAUUUGUAGACUAUGUAAGCAAUCUUCCCCAAGUGAAGUCAUCAGAUUUUCUAGAUAUCAACCCUGUCCUUAGUAUUACACUCUACGACAAGUUGAAAGAAACCCUGGUAGCAUCAGUUUAGGGAGAAUUGUUGCACGUAGUCGGUACUAAAAUCUUCCACCAACUUUCUGGAGAGCCUAUAAGCACGUUGGGUGAAGACUUCAUUGUUGAAAAAUUAACCGAAAAAGUUGAAGAGGGCUUCGUACUUGAAAAUAAUUUUUCAAUGAAACUUUCAACUAGAGACGAGCCGCUAACUGUGGCAUUGAAUGAAGGCGUGCUGUACUCCUUGAUCUUUUCCAAUGAAAAGCUCUAUAAUAUUUUAGGCAAAGAGCUGUGCUCAUUAUUGGACAUGUCUCUAAGCUUGGGAGGCAGCGAGGCAAUCGCGGAGUCUUACUACGCAGUCAUGAAGUCCCAGCGCCAUGAUGGAGGUCAAGAAAACGAGACCUUGGACAUGCGAACGCUUGUAGACUGGUCCCUGCCAUCUGCUCGUCAUUGCCCGAGAACAGUUUCGGAGAUUGCACAAGUAUAUAGGAACGGAGAUGCCCGUGCGAAAGUUGCGAAGCACCGAUCACCUAUCUUCUGUGAUCAACGUGAACGAGCUUCGAAAAAAUACUCAGUCAGUAAAGUUAUUGACAGACACAUGUCAGAGGAGAAAGGCUUGCCAUAUUUCGAUUAAUUCAAGGAAGAUUUAGGAUAUUUUUUAAGCUUUAAUUGCACACUCUGAAGUUAAAGGUAAUUUAUGUCUGCUGGAUAUCACUUCUGUAUGCACUAGCUUGUUAUUGUAUUCUAUAUAUAAUGUUGUGUUCUUAAGUGAGAUGAUAACGAAGUAACCAGAGCAAAGCAAAGGCUAGAGUAAAGAUCUUGUGAUGCAACAAUAAGAACAGACGCCGAUCUAGAGUUAGUAAAUUGAACUAAGUCAUUUACAUUAGUAGGCUUCUAGUAUCAGAGGUCAAUAUUCAGUAUUACUGUGCUUAGAAAAUUGUGUGAUGUCUUCGUAUCUGUUUAAUGCAUUUUAGUUGCUUACCAUAGUGCCAUGUUUUUUUGUGUGUAAUUCGUAGUUGUCAGAGUUGAAGUAGCAUACGUGCACUUAUUAAUAAAGUUUUCGCUAGAUAUGCAUGGCAAAAAUUAAAUGUGGACGCUUUAAUGUUGAAAGAAGGGUUCUUUCAUUAUUAUUAUUAUUUUGUUUUUGAAGUUAGAUUAGCGGCUGUGAAUUAUUACAGAAUAAUAAACUUAAGUCGGGCAGUCUUCAGCAUGGAUUACUUUCAAUGCUAUUGAGGAUUGAAAUUAUUCCCGCAUCAUUCUUACUAGUACGUAGGCAUAUUUUAACUACUUCCUUGCGUUUUUACAUUUCCGGGAGGUCGGAUGAGGAUGUGCUGCACGAUCCAAAUUUCAGUUGCGAGGCAAUUGUCUCUAGGACAACCUGUGAGUUGAAGAUUCUGUCAUUAAAGUUGUUUUCCGGGCAGCAGCGGACACUGAUUGAGAUUGAUGCACCUCGACAGUACUAAC